CAUAAUGCAGUUUGCAUUCGCCUGCCUGUUUAUACUGUCUUACAUUAGUAUAGGAACAUGCUUGAUAGAAGAAAUAGAACUACCGCAACAUCUAAAAGAAUGUAUAAUCAUGAAAACUAAAUACAAUGAUGUUACUAAAUCCACGAGUGAAGCUGUGUGUAAUACAUGUGUAACAAGAUACAUGUGGAUGAAUGGACCAAAUUUACGAAACUGCGGUCAUCCUCAAGACAACGCAACAAUGUCAGACAUUUCAGAAUUUGUUGGGAAACUGCUAUGUCCUACAAUAUCAGGCAAACGAAAAAAGCGACAAGCAGGACGCAAAUAUCGUAAAGAGAUCAGAAUGUUAACAAGUGGAGAAAGACAACGACUGCGUAGUGCAUGGAGUCAGGCUUAUAGAAGUGGGUAUUUUGGUUGGAUUGCCAGAUUUCACAACUCUCAAGUCAGAACCUCUGCUCACAGUGGACCUGCCUUUCUUGGUUAUCACAGAUUUCUGAUCUUGAUAUUAGAACUGGUUUUACAGUCUUACGACCCUUCCGUCACCAUGCCAUAUUGGAACUCUGGUCUCGAUGCUAAUAUGGAUACUCCUGCCAAUUCUAUACUCUGGACACCUGAAUAUCUUGGUGAAAUGAGUGGAGUUGUUCGAACUGGUAUUUGUGGGGGAUUUCAGGACGUUAGAGGCAAUGCCGUAAUCAGAAAUGUUGGUAAUGCAGGUUCUCUGUUCACGUCAGCUGAAGUUAGGGAUGUAAUGCGUAUGCCAAACAUUAACCGUCUGACUGAACCAUCUCCUUAUCCCACCAUGGAAUCUUAUCACGACGAUGUCCACAAUUAUGUAGGCGGAUCAAUGGGUCCUAUCGAAUUAGCACCAUGGGAUUGUAUUUUUUGGUUACAUCACACUUUUGUAGACUAUUUGUGGGAGGUAUGGAGAUACGGUCAUCAAUAUAAUACUGCGUAUCCUCAUAAAACAGGAGUACCUCAGCAGUUACCAGAUGUUGUGAUGAGAAAUAUGCCUGUUGUGCAAUUUCUUGGACGUAUUCCAACAAAUCGUGAUGGCUAUGGUGUUCAGCUGGCACGAAAAAGUUUUUAUCAACUAUCGCCUACUUGUUCAAGACAGAACACUUACUGUGGGUCUCCUGAUCUGCAAUGUAGAAUGGGAACUAACGGGGCAGAAUGUGCUGCUGUAGAUAAAAAUUUUAGAAAAAGAACGCAGCCAUUAGUUGAUGCAAGAAGAAAUGGACGAGUCCAGAUGAAUUUCCGUAACCAGCAAAACAAAAGGACAAAAAGAGAUACCCAUGUACACCACACAACUAUACAUCACAGUUAUAAAAUAACAGUUAACUCUCAACAAAUAACAAAUAUAUACCUUCCUCAAGAACGUGAACCAUGCAUGGGAAAACCUAUACAAAAUAAUUUUAUAGCGGGUUGCGCAUGUGACGUACGAAAAUGGGCCUUUAUACCGAUUAAAGUCGUUCAUCUUCGACCUCAAGAGGCUCACUUUUCAUCACAGUCUGACGUUAACGGAAAUCCAAGUAGGUAUGAUAUGUACGACGAACACAAAUACAAAGAUCUGAAAAAUCUUGUUCGCCCAGGUAAUCCAGCAACAUAUAAUGAUUGUCUAGAAGAUGAAUCUGGUGCAUUCAAAGUAAGACUUAAGUCUACUGGAUUAAGUUACUUCGGUACUUACACAGAUUAUGUGUUUGUUGACAACAGACUUCCUAUAUCCUCUCAUAUCGGGUACAUCGCUGUUCAAAAACCUACGGCAGAUAAACCAACAGAAGUAAUGAUCACUGCUUCUGAUGCCUGUGGGCGACUCUGUAAACCUACAUGCCGAAAAUGGGAGAAUGGAAAUCUGUACUAUGUCUCUUGUACUGGAGCAAUUAAAGUCACAGCGCAGAGUCCACUUAUGUAUGGUAACGACUUUGGUGAUGCCGUUUUAUCGAUCUGGCAGUUCUAUGGCAAGUUCACACCAAUAGAAAGAGAAUCAAAUAUUUACAUGGAAUUUUUCUGUGAUUAUUCAAAUGAAUGGAUAUGGAAAGACUGUAAUCCGAAUAAAGGUUAAAGAAAUUA